GAACAACGUGAGAAUAUCAACAACAGCCAUCGGCUUUUGUCCAUUUAUAGAUAUCUCAGCACGACAAUUGUGCACACAUACGGACGUUUGGUUGAUAGCAAUGGGUAAAUUUGCACCAAAGGAGCCAGUGGACCUGGACCCUCCAAGAGAUGAUCCUUUCACAAAGGAGGAGUUGUUACAAUACGACGGGGUGACAAAACCACAGAGAUACAUUGGCAUAAAAGGUGUGAUAUUUGACGUUACGAAGAAUGUUGCUGCCUACGGCCCAGGAACAAAGUAUAGCGUCCUGGUAGGACGCGAUGCCAGUAGAGCACUGGGCAAAUCGAGUUUGAAACCAGAGGACACAGAUAUCACCGUUAGUUCAGACGUCUCAACCUUGACAGAAAAGCAGUUACAGGUGCUGGAUGACUGGUACUCUUUCUUCAGCCAAAGAUACAACAUUGUGGGUAAAGUGGUUGAUUGAGAACGUUGAGAAAUGCCCACGGCUAAGAGUUAAUCCCUAUUUAAUCUAUUCUAACUUAACAGUGAC